GCGACUGGGGCGGGGGAGGAAGGGGCGAGCUGACGGCGGCAGCGAGGGUUCCACAUUGCAAGAACUGACCUGGGUUAUAUCCAGAAAGUUUCAAAAAAACAAUGGCCAAAUUGUUGAAAGCUCCACCCAAGUUUCAUCCCUCAGAAUGGGACAUGGCAAACAAGAUGCAGUGUGCCAGUACAGAAUCUCAGAAAUCCAGGUCAGAGCGCAUGAUAGCUGAGAGUCAGAGACUGCUGGAUGAAAUAGAAACAACUACUCAGAAAACUCAAAGUGAUGUCAACAAGAAAAUAGAACAGAGACAGGAAGAAAUAAAAUUCUGGAAGCAAGAAUUAGAUAACAAACUUGAGCAAAUUGUUCAUGAAACAGAGGUGCUGUUGACUUUCAAGACUAGACUGGAGAAAUCUUUGGAGAGCUGCAAAGAACCACUCAUUGUUGCCCAAAAGUGUCUCCUGAACAGGCAGAGGCGAGUUGGAGUUGACUUGGUGCAUGAUGAAGUGGAACAGGAACUGGUGAAGGAAACUGAAGUCCUCCAGGGGGUUAUUGCUUUGCUUGAACGUACAUUGGAGCAAACCAAUGAGCAAAUCAGACUAAACCGUUCAGCAAAAUACAACCUGGAAAUGGAUCUGAAGGACAAAUUCACAGCUUUGACGAUUGAUGAUUACUGUGCUAGCUUGACAAACAACACUCCUGAUAUCAGAUAUGCUGAUAUUGCAGAGAAUAUAAAAGGAAAUUUCGUUAGCCCUGAAGACUGGAUAUAUUUCUCAAACAUAAAUGUCAAAAAGGCUGACAAGCAGAGAAACAAUUCUUUGGCACUGAGGGUGCUGAUUGGUGGCAUCCUCUCACAGACAGAGAAUGACAUGCGCAAGCAAUAUGAGACAGUGAAUGCUGCGUUUAGAAACAGGGUGAAGGAAGUCAAGGAUGCCAAGCACAAGCUAGAGACACUCCUUGCAAUGGUGAUGGAUGAGACUGCCUCACAGGAAAAGAACAUUGCAGCCUUAAAGAAAGGAAUUGCUGAUAAAGAAGGACCUGUUAAAGUGGCUCAAACCCGCUUGGAAGCAAGGAACCAUCGCCCCAAUGUGGAAUUGUGUUAUGACACAGUGCAAUGCAGGCUGAUUAGUGAAGUUCAAGAGAUUACAAAAAAUAUUCAAAGAUUAAAGGAUGCACUCGCACAGGCUGAAACAGAGCUGAAAGGUCUGCGCCGCCGACAGCUUUCCUUGGAGGAGGAGAUCCAGGUCAAGGAGAACACACUGUACAUUGAUGAAGUGCUCUGCAUGCAAAUGAGAGAGUCUGUUUACAUUAACAACUUCUGAAGCCAUCAUACUGGGAGAUAGUAUGUGCUCCAAAGAGGCAGCUCCUGCUGAAAUUUCAUCGACAAACCUCCAGAUUUAUUGGUUUGGCUCAGUGCUGUCCUUGUUCUAGUUGUGCAAGGUAAUUAAAACAGACCUAGUACUUACA